CGCAUGAUAUCUCCAAUAUAUCUCUUACUGAUAGUGAUUCUGCGCCAUCUGUGAUAUACGAUUCUUCUUCAGACGAACUAAGCGAUUCGGGUGAAUCAGCCACUGAAGAAGAAUCUUUAAAAGAAUUCUAUAAAGAGGUUUCCCAAACACUUGAACGAGCUUUUUUGGAUGGUCAUACAGUAGAGAUUGCUUUAUUGGAAUUAAAUACUUUGAGAAUGGCUUCAAAUACAACAAUUCAUGAUUUACGAGUUAGUGUAAUACCUACGAUAUUAGGGCAAGUCAAUAUUGCCAAUUUUUUAACUAGUACAGAAGAUGACCAUUGUGCGAAAACGCAGCAUCAUUCCAAACUUUUCGCUCCGGCAAUAAAAAAGCUAUAUUUUUUGGACGUAUUGGAUGAGGAAGCAAUUCUGGAAUGGAAUUCAUCUGAUCUCGCUGAUGGUGACCCUUCAAAAUUUAAUAUAAAAAAACGGGUGGCACCAUUUAUAAAAUGGUUGGAAGAAGCUGAAGUCGAGGAUUCUGAUGAUGAUGAUUAA